AGAAACAGUCCUCUGGAAGGCGACUUGCUACUGCCCCUUUAAGGAGAAAAUGAAACAUUUUAACUAACGAUUAUAGAUAGAUAGCUAAGUAGACAACUUCAAUGUGGAUUUACCGGAAUUUUGUAGGAACAUUUACCGUGAAUGUGGAGAUAAAUGCCGCUUAAUUCUGUGGAAUAAGGGAAGAUUUGAUAGAGCACGAGAGGGUUACUUGCUAGCUGACUGGUUAGCAUAGUUCUCGCUAGCUAAACAUGGUGGCCAGUGAGCGAAAAGGGCUCUAAAAUAUUUAAGAAAAGCUUCUUGUUGGAUGGUGAGACAUUGUUGUAACCUUUCUACUCGUACGCCAAACCUUGGCUGGCUUUGCAGACUUCGAAUACACUUUUCGGUUCAUCUGAAUAGCCAGAAAGGAGUCGAGCUGUCCCGACACAAUCCCUGGACAACCCGCUUGAAAAGUUAUAAUUAAGUUGUUCAUUUUCGUUAUGUUCUACAAUGUAUUUUACAUAGACGAACAAAUUAGCAUUGAACAACGAGGAUUUCAAAUGCGCAUUAGGGAUUUAUCUCGUGGAACAUCACUCACUCUCAAUUCCAAUGUGAGCAUGGUUGUAAUAUUGCUAGCCUACUGCUGAGCUAAACGGCUACAAAAUAACUUGUAUUCCUUAGAGAAAUCAUUUACGCAUCAGUGCUGGAAACAUUGUUUAAUUGAGGAAAUUGUAUCACAUUGCUUCGUUGUGAAAACACCCACUGUUUGGCUAACCUUUUCUACUCGUACUCUGGGAACAUUCACGGCGAGACGUUAUGGAUUAAAACGUAAUCCAACAGGCCAGAAUUUUGAAUUGAUGGAAACGAGUGAUGGUUUUCACAUUUGGGAUUUUAAAAUACCUCACACAACAAGACAUGGUUUACCUUCGAUAGAAUUUAGAGGACUUGCAGAGCAUAUUACAUGGAGACUCGUCUGACAUGCCAAGGAAGGAGUUACCACUACCAGAGGGUUGGGAAGAAUCCCGGGAUUUUGACGGGAAAGUCUACUACAUCGACCACAUCAACCACGCCACUAGUUGGAUUGAUCCAAGAGACAGGCAGACUAAACCUCUGACUUUUGCUGACUGCAUUGGAGAUGAACUGCCAGUGGGUUGGGAGGAGGCCUACGACCCCAAUGUCGGGGCCUACUAUGUGGACCAUAACACAAAGAGCACUCAGCUGGAGGACCCGCGGGCCCAGUGGCAGCGGGAGCAGGAGGUCAUGCUGCGGGAGUACCUGGACGUGGCCAAGGACUCGCUGAGCGCCCAGAAAGAGAUCUACCAGGUGAAGGAGCAGCGGCUUCGCCUGGCCCAGCAGGAGUACCGCCAGCUCAACGACGCCUGGAGGGACAAGUCCACCUCUCAGACCAGCUUGAAUUCCAGAUCGUCCUCCAGCAGUAAAUAUGACCCAGAAAUCCUCAAAGCCGAGAUAGUCACUUCCAAAAGUAGGGUGAAUAAGCUGAAGAGGGACCUAGCCUGCAUGAAACAGGAGUUGCAGCACAAAGAGCAGGGUUUUGAAACGCUGAAAGAGAUCGACCACAAGGUGUCCAGCGCGCCGUACGGCUUCAAGCUCCACGAGGCGCAGGCCAUCCUGAACGAGGUCAAGUCCAUCAGGGACGCCAUCAGCUCCGGGGAGAAGGAGAAACAGGAGCUCAUGCAGAAACUAGCGGUGCUUAAGGAUGGCUUCCAGCUGGACUCAGUGGGUUCUCAGUCUGACCUGUGGGGCAGCAGCCCCUCCCUAGCCAACUCUGAGCUGUCCAUCCCUCGCCUCUACUCCGACACCAGCUCCCAGACAGACAUACCUGCUGAGUUUGGGACCAACACCAACAAGUUGGCAGAGAAGGUUCGACUGAGCCUGAAGUAUGAAGAAGCAAAAAGAAGGAUUGCCACCAUCGAGGUGCAGAUAGCCAAACUGGACAGUGAGGCUUGGCCGGGGCUUCUAGACCCAGAGCGCGACCGCCUGAUCCUCAUCAAUGAGAAGGAGGAGCUACUCAAGGAGCUGCAGUACAUCAAGCCCUGCAAGAGAGCGCCCAAUGACCAGCAGAAGAUUGAGACGGAGAAGAAGAUGCUUGAGAGAGACCUGCAGGCUGCCAGGGACAACCAGAGCAAGGCCCUGACUGAGAGAUUGAGAUUGCACUGUAAGAGAAACAAGCUGGUGAGAGAGCUGGAGGAGAUGGUUCGCCUGGCCUCAUCACUACACACUCAGCUCAAGAGUCUGUCGGCCAGCACGCUGUCGUGUUCGUCAGGCAGCAGCCGUGGCUCGUUGACCUCCAGCCGGGGCUCUUUGGCCACCACAUCCUCCCUGGGCUCCACCUCCUCCCUGAGCUUUACCGACAUCUACCUGGAGCAGCCCGAGCUGGGAGACCUCGACUUCCAGAACAAACUGGAAACCCUACUGCAGGAGGGCGGCCCGGGGAUCAGCUACCGGCCCUCCAGCUCCAUCACCACCAUCCACGAGCACGAGGUGGUCCCCGUAGUCGAUGCCGGGACCUGGGGGGACACGGGGGGUGUUGUCGGCGGGGGAGCGGAGGCCGGCACCAGGCUACAGGCGCUGAGACUUUCAGAGACGCCGAGGUCCAUGAGCUCGCUGUCGCCGAGGUCUUCGUUGUCGUCGCUCUCGCCACCCUGCUCGCCCCUGGUCACGGACUCCACAUUCCUCUCAGGGGAGGGGUUUGCAGUGGGGGGGGGCCUGGGGGGGCUGGACGUGGAGCUGCAUAGCAGGCUGACAGAGCUGGGGUUGGACAGGGAGGAGCAGCAGCACCGUGGAGGUGGAGGGGUGGAGAUGGACACCAAGCAGGCCAUGACUGGAGAGGUGCUUAAAGAUGGCGUAGCGCAGGUCCGAGGGACGGCAGGGGCUGGGUCUAAGAAGAUGGGUGUGACGUCAGCAGUGUCUGAUGAGUCGGUGGCGGGUGACAGCGGGGUGUACGAGCCCUCGGAGAGGCCUGUCCCCCCAGCAGAGCUGCUGCUUGGCUGUGAGGAGAGGGGAGGUCCUCUAGGCUGUGCCCAGGUCAGACUGGGCCUGAAGUACGAGGUGAAAGACAAGCGUUUCACCGUGUUCAUCAUGCAGCUCUCCAACUGCAGCGCCCUCACCCUGCUGCCCAACCACAAAAUGUACAUCCGUGUGGCGGUCCUCCCCUGCUCUGAGUCCACCCGCUGCCUCUUCCGGACGCGCGGCUCUCUCCCCCAGGAUGCCGUGGAGGUCAACGAAGUCUUCGGCAUCCAGAUGGCCCACAAUGUCCUGCGGCAGAAGACCCUGAGGGUGGACGUGUGCCACACAAGCCCGUCUGGCCGCGAGGAGUGUCUGGCUGGUGCUCAGAUAAGCCUGGCUGAUGUCAACACCUCUGGGGAGAGGUGUGUCAAGUGCUACAACCUCCUCAGCUACUCCUUCAUGCCCCAGAUCAAUAGCAAGGACAAAGAGACCGGGAUGGCUACACAGUCUGAAAGGUGCUCUGUCCCCACCACAGAGAGAGUAGCAGGCAGUCUGGAGGGUGCACCAGAGGAGGAUGAAUGGCACAGUGAAGCGCUGGAAGGAGAUGUAUUUGAAGACGAGGAAGACAACCACGUAGAGGAGCCUCUAGAGGAAGAGGAGGAGUUAUAUCCCGAGAGCAGCCAAUGGGAGGGAGAGAAGGUGGCGGCCAAACCUACUCAAACAGGAACUAUGACGGAGAGGGUGAACAAGGAGACCAGUACCGGCCUCCACCACCACCGUGCUGCCUCCUCGGUGGUCCGGCCCAAGGAGCAUCGACCCCGCGAUGUGCCCCAGCAGAACCCCUUUAUCCGGGGAAACACCAUCAUCCGCUCCAAGACCUUCUCCCCUGGGCCCCAGAGCCAGUACAUCUGCCGGAUCAACCGCAGUGACAGCGACAGCUCCACUCUGUCUAAGAAGUCUCCAUUCAUCAGGAACGCAUCAGAGAGACGCAGCAUGCGCAUGAAGAAGCCCCCGGUGCCGAUGCGGGGCCUGGACGGGCUGCUGCGGACCAGUCUGGACCUGGAGCUGGACCUGCAGGUGUCCAGGACUCGCCACACGCGGCUGGCCCAGGAGCUGCGAGUCCUCAGGGAGCUCAAGGAGCAGCUGGAGAGGGCCCGGCAGCAGGGCACCAGAGACCUCCCCACCUGGGUGCAGGACGACGAGCGCUUCCGCAUGCUGCUCAGACAGGCUGAGAAACAGACCCGUGAGGAGCAGCUGCAGGAGCAGAGGGUGGAGAAGAUGAUGCGCGCUGCGGCCAAGGACGUCCACAAGAUCCGAGGCCAGAGCAGGAAAGAGGUGCCAGAGGUCCAGUCCUUCAGAGAGAAGAUGGCCUUCUUCACUCGAGCAAAGACCAACAUCCCCGAUCUGCCUGCCGAUGACGUGUAGCGCAUUUAAAGUAUUCCAGUCUUAACUGCUGUUUCCAAGGAGAUUACUCUGACACAGACUUAUGGUGGUAUUAUGAAGAAUGGAGAAUAAUAAUGUAUAGGAAAAAACAUCACAUUUUUAAAACACUUUUCUUUUUUUUUUCUCAGUUGCUCUUUAUAGUUUUUGUUAUUAGCAACUAGAGCAUUUUUUUUUUCUUCUCCACUCUCUGUAGCAUUAUUUUACUGUUACUAAUAAGUGGAUGUUGGUAGCUAUCUUUACAUGUUUUACGGUAAAAUCGUCAUUCCAAUACCACACCAGUGCUUUCUGUGUGAAAUAUGAAAAUAUAGAGAUGACAAAUGCUGUUAUUUUCAUUAGCCAGGACCACUUACUCGCUGUAAUCUAAGAUGUGUAUAUAGACCUCCAGAGGUACUUUACUUCAACAUUAUUUAUAGCACAACACAUCUACAAAGUCAACAUUCUGAUUGUAUGAUGGUGUACUAUGACCGGAUGAGUGGUUUGUUGUACAGUAUACUGUAACCGGCUGUCUGUCCCUAGUGGCAUUGUGUUCUCCUAUUACUGCACACACUGUAUACUGUAUAUGGCAUCUGUGUAUGUAUUACCAGUCAGGCCAUCUAUACUGUAUUGUACAUGGCUCUUGUAGUGACUCUCACUGGUGCACACACUAUCUCUCAGCAUUGUGUAGGAACUGCACUAACUCUCUCUAAUACUCAGGUAGUUUAUCGGAUAGUUUGUGCACUUUAAAAUAGGAAUCUAAAAAAGAGCGUGAUGGGGUUGAAGAAGUGGGAGGAGUGCUCCUCUCCGGCCUGGAUUGAUUGUUGAAUCACCGUUUAACGAAGCACAUUAUGAUUGUGAAAAACAAAAGAAGUGCAUUUGAAUAUCAUUAAUUUGCAUUUGAUGAAGAUCAUUGCUGACGAUAAACUCCACAUUUAUUGUAUGAGUCAAAACCCAAGUGAAGUGAUCCAAAAACCAUGGAGCAACUGAGAACUCCCAAGUAUACUGAACAAAAAUAUAAACGCAACAUGCAACAAUUUCAAAGAUUUGACUGAGUUACAGUUCAUAA